AUGGCUUGGACUCGCUGUCGAACUCUUGUUACUCGGGUGAUGACAGCGGUGAUGAAAUGGAGGUUGACAGGGAACCCUCUGGAUGGGGAACCCAACACCACCCUCGGUCAACAUCUCCACCGACGGACAACAUCGACGACUGUGCUCGGUGUGGCAAAGGCGGCAAUCUUGUAUGCUGCGAUACCUGUGCCAAUUCGUUCCACCGGCAAUGCGUUGGUCUGGUGGGCGACCUGCCAGAUCAGUGGUAUUGCCCGGAUUGCGACCAAGGAUCAGCAUACACCGUCGCCGCAGCCGAUGCCCUUCGGGGACGCGAAAAACUCAGUUCGUCCCCGACCUCGAGACUCGUGA